AAUAAUUUUUUGUAUUGUUUCCAAAUGAGUUAAAGAAUCUACAUUUGGUUAUAAUCAUAAUCUAGUUCUGCUUGCUUCAGGUGCUCGUGAAUCCCUUGGAGAAAUCCAAAGCUAAGAUUUCACAGCCCCAACAAAAUUCAUCUUCAUUUACUAACCUUUCUCCACGAGGUGGUGCUGGAAAGCCUGAUUCUUCCCGGACACCUAUUAUGGUUGGAAAGCUUCAGGUUCUCAAACCGUCUGCUCGAGAAAAGAAUGGAGCUCCUCUCAUCUCAAAGGAUAGCUGCUCAAGCCCCACAGAUGAUAGUGUUAUCCCUUCUUCUCCUUCUUCAGCAGUUACUCCUGACCGCAGACAGACCCCAUCAAUUCUGGAAAAGAGACUCACUCAAGCUCAAAGCAGGAACAACUUCUUCAAUCUUGUAAGGAAGAAUUCUAUGUCAAGCCCCUCUUUUUCGGUUGUGACUGGAAGUUCUUCUUCUGUUGCUAAGCAAUCUGGUGGGGACUCGGUUGUAGAUGAAUCAACAAUGAAGGCUAAUAAUAGUGAGAAUGGCUGUCUUGGUGAAUCUGAUAAUUAUCUAAAAACCAACCCUUCGAAUACUGACACGAUUCUGUACUCGGAAGAGAAAGAGGCUGCAUUCUUGCGGUCUUUGGGUUGGGAAGAGAAGAAUGAUAACGGGGACGAUGAAGGACUUACUGAGGAAGAGAUCAGUGCUUUCUACAAGUAUAUGAAUGAGUAUAUUAAGCUGAGGCCGACCUGUAAAACCUCUCAAAAGAUACAUCCCAAGUUCUUUGAACCUCGCAAUCUAAGUAUGGACAGCAAGGAAGGUGCAACUUUCUGCGGUUCCGAAGCCAGUUCUUAAUUUCUUUUGGUUUGAGUUGAGAAGAAUUGGGAGAUGGGGAAUGUUAUAUUAGUAGUUCUAAUCUACAAUGGUCAUUUGAAGUACAUAUGACCACAAUAUUUCGGUCUUGAAAGAGUCGAAAGAGUCGGGGAGAAGAGAAAUUUGUGGUAUUUUAUUUGGUAUUUCGAUAGCUUUCCCGAUUUUUGUUACUGAAAUGUUCAAUUUCUUGACUAGCUUUCUUAAAUAAGUGUUGAAAAAAACCAUUUUUAAUAAAUAGAAGCCAUUAUUGAAGACUCA